AUGAAUCAGUCAGUGAUAUAUGAAUACACUGUCUCAUCUCACCACCCUGUGGCUGUAGCGAGGGGCAGCAGACGGGAGCUGCAACACGAGGGGCAGCAGACGGGAGCUGCAACACGAGGGGCAGCAGACGGGAGCUGCAACACGAGGGGCAGCAGACGGGAGCUGCAACACGAGGGGCAGCAGACGGGAGCUGCAACACGAGGGGCAGCAGACGGGAUCUGCAACACGAGGAGCAGCAGACGGGAGCUGCAACACGAGGGGCAGCAGACGGGAGCUGCAACACGAGGGGCAGCAGACGGGAGCUGCAACACGAGGGGCAGCAGACGGGAGCUGCAACACGAGGGGCAGCAGACGGGAGCUGCAACACGAGGGGCAGCAGACGGGAGCUGCAACACGAGGGGCAGCAGACGGGAGCUGCAACACGAGGGGCAGCAGACGGGAGCUGCAACACGAGGGGCAGCAGACGGGAGCUGCAACACGAGACAGGCAGCAGCGUCUUUCAGAUAA